ACAGGUCUGGUCGCUCAGCAGCAGAGAAAGCGAAUUGGUCGUUGCGGCUUUCCGUAGAUAGAUGUGUGGAAGCAACCCAGUGCUGACAACAAAUCACAAUGGCUGAGUGCACUACGUUAGACAGUCUGCUGGAAAUGGGCUUUGACAGAAACCGAGCGGAGAAGGCAGUAGCACAUACUGGAAACCAGGGCAUUGAGAGAGCAAUGGACUGGUUAAUGGAGCAUGAGAAUGAUCCAGAUAUAAAUGAGCCUUAUGUUCCACCUGCUGGAAAUACUCUCGGCACCACAGAAGUACAGAGCCAGUCUUCUACAGAAACUUCUGAAUCCACUGAAGUUGCUGAGCAAAUGGGAGAUGCCAAAUCACCUAUAACAGAAGAAGAAAGGAUGGAACAAGUAAAACGACUGGAGGAGUUGAUGAAGGCGAGACAGGAGGAGAGGAGAGAGAGAGAGCGAAAAGAGGAAAUAGAAAGAGAAAAGCAGAGAAGGAAACAUGGCCAAGAGCUGCUGCAGGUUAAACAGAAGCUUCAAGAUGAUGAGAUGAAAAAGCUAGCGGAUCAGCGCAUGAGAGAGAAGAUGGAGGACAGGCUUGCCAAGCAGCGAGUUAAAGAAAAGAUUGCACGAGACAGAGAGGAGAGGGCACGAAAGUUUGGAGGCGGUUCAUCAAGCACGGGUUUGUCAUCGCCCCCCUCUGAAGCCCCUCUGCAGUCUCCACCUGAGAACCAAGGGGCUCCUCCUCCUGCUAAGAAAGACUAUGAUGACUGUCGGAUACAGGUGCGUCUUCUAGAUGGAUCCACCUUGAGCACGGUCUUCAAGGCUCAGGAACCUCUGGCUGCUGUUAGAGUCUAUAUUCAGAUGAACGGGGAAAACGGACAGGAUUUCAACCUCAUCACCCCGUAUCCCAGACGUGUGUACACAGAUCUAGACAUGGAAAAACCUCUUUGUGAGCUGGGUUUGGUGCCUUCUGCCGUCCUGGUGGUUACCAAGAAAUGAAGCAAAAUAAUGAUAGAAACAAGCUGUUCUUCCAGACGUCAGUGUAAGAUCAAACGCAUUCUCUAUGGAGACUAUGAAUCAGUGGACUGCUACUGUAAUGAUUCCACUUAAAGCGCCAAACAUGCAAUGAAUUGAUCAAUAAUUUCAUUAUACGUAAACCUGUUGAUACUGCUUAAUAAAGGGUCAAGUGAGUUUUCACAAUGAUGAACAUUGAGAAAGUAGUGUUAGCUUUCUGUUUUGCCACAUGGAAAAAAUACAUUUUCACCAAUAAAAUCAUACUCAUCUUAGUUUUAUG